GUGGCCGGGGGGUGGGGAGCUUUCCGUACAAUGACGUAAUAGGAAAAGAUGGCGCCGCCCAGAACAGGCAGAGAGGAACACGCAUGCGUGGGCGCGCGUGUUUUGCUGGGGUCCUGGUGGAGAGAGCCUCGCGCUUUAUAGGAGAGUCUUGCUGAGAUUCACACGUGCAUUGAUCCAGUGGGGCGGACAGGGAACUUCUUAGAAUGGAGGCCCCACCUGUUACUAUGAUGCCAGUCACUGGCGGCACCAUUAACAUGAUGGAACAUUUGCUUCAAGGUAGCGUUUUGGAUCAAAGCCUAGAGAGUCUUCUUCAUCGACUCCGUGGUCUUUGUGACAACAUGGAGCCCGAGACUUUUGUAGAUCACGAGAUGGUCUUCCUUCUCAAAGGCCAACAAGCCAGUCCAUUUGUCCUCCGCACGCGACGCUCCAUGGACAAACCUGGUGCUCCUUGGCACUUGCGGUAUCUUGGGCAGCCGGAAAUGGGAGACAAAAACCGCCAUGCCUUGGUGCGGAAUUGUGUGGAUAUUGCCACCUCGGACAACCUGACAGACUUCCUGGUAGAAAUGGGCUUCCGCAUGGACCACGAGUUUGUAGCCAAGGGGCACGUGUUCCGCAAAGGCAUUAUGAAGAUUGUGGUGUACAAGAUCUUCCGCAUCCUCCUCCCAGGGAACACUGAUAACAUUGAGCCUUUGUCUCUUUCUUACCUCGUGGAGCUCAACAUUGUGGCGCCAGCAGGACAAGAUAUGGUUUCCGAUGACAUGAGGAGUUUUGCUGAGCAGCUGAAGCCCCUGGUCCAUUUGGAGAAAAUAGAUCCUAAAAGAUUGAUGUGAGAUGGAUUGUAACGGCAGCGGGAUCAAAGGUGGAAAGAUUUCAGAAAUGCAUAUAUGUCUCAUGUCGUUCUGCAGAAAAAUAAAUGAGAGUCGGGUAGCCUUUCACUAAUCUGACUGUAGGUUAUUUUCAAAUGAUGAACAAUAAAGAAGAUAAUUAUUGCCGUUGGCUUCCUCUUUUGACAAUAGGAGUCAAAUCUUCUUGGAGCCAAAUUAAUUUGAAAUAGUUUUGAUUUUAAAAUGGA